AGCUUUUUCCUUCCCUUCUUUUUUUUUCUCUUUCUCUCUCUCUCUUUUAUAUAUUCACAUUCAAAAAUGCCUUUAACAAUGAUUAUAAAAAUAGCAAGUUAUGUGUAUAUAAUUUCAAUGAUGCUUGAUCGAGAGGAAAUGAUCAAUAAAACUGCACAAUUCCUGUCAAUGGUUAUUGUACCUGUUGAUAAAAAAAAUAUAAUGGCACAUAUGGCGAGGAGCUUUGUGCUUUUAAUUCGAUUUGUGGUGCUUUUUACUAUUUUAAGUGGGAAUGCAAUUUAUAAAGCCUUUAAAAAAUCAGCCUGUCGCGAAAAAAUAUCACACAAGAAAAAACCUGGUGUUAUUAUUCAAGCUGCAAUCGAUAAUACGCCAAUGCAUUCCUCUGCAGAUACAUUACCAGUGACUAAAAAAGAUGCGGGACCAAUGACGGCAGUAUUACCUAUUAAUAACCUAAUUGAUCAAUCAUUCGAACCGGAUAGCACUCAAUUAUUAUCAUCUAAUCAAUUAGACAAAUCAAUCGACGACACAAUUACAACAAAUGCUGUAACACCCAUAUUGGCUCAAGAUCAACUGAUAAACGAUGUAAAAUUACAUGUGAUACCACUGCCUACAAUGCAAACCAAAGAUAUUGUACAACAACCGGAGGAAGCCAUUCCGCUAAUUCAAGAUGAACACAUAUCUUCUACUGCUGCUACAAGUACUACCAUCACACCACCUGUUGAAUCAAGUGACUCCAAGGAACAAUUCUAUUCUGAUUUAGUCAAAAAAGACAGUAAUAUUAUGUCAUUAUCUGAUAAUCUUCAACGCAUAUUUGAUGAACCCGCAACCCCUCUUCCAUUACAAAAAUCUGAUGUCAUUCACAGUCGACCUAUUUCUGUACAACAUAGCCUCGAAGAAAUGAACACCACUACAACCCCUGCGCUUACACCACCUCACCUAAGCUCUGCUUCAUCCCGACGAAGUAGUGUUACAACUAUGGGCGGAAAACUUCAUACAGCAGUUCAAAGGAUUUCAAGAAUCGGCUCUCGACAUUCACAAACUGAGCCCUCACAACAACAACAAACAAUUGAUCCAAGUACUUCCCCUUCUAUAAAAAAACGAAACAGAUUCUCUACAUUGAGUAGAUUAGGUCGGAAAAAGAGCACUAUCAGUACCUUAUCUGACCACGACAAUCACAAUCAGAAACCAGAAAUACCAUCUGUCCAAGUUCCAAAAAAAUCUCGCGGCCUCAGAAACACAAUCAAAAGGACUGGUAAAAAACUGACUAGUCUCUUAACUCCAAAUCGUACAUAAACAAACAAAACAAAACAAAAAAAAAAGCUGCUGCAUUUACAUAUUACUAUUUAAUCUUCUUACCCCCUUUUUGCUAUUUAUCUAUCUAAAUUAAAAUAUCUUAACUUUCGGAUUUUCUCCGAGGAUUUCCUCUUUGCUCUCUCGCUCUAAAAGUAGUGUUAAACGCUAAAUAUUAUAAAUUUUGAUAUUUGAUACCAGUAGCUCAUUGUUAUUGUAACACAAGCAUUUACCAUUAGGUCCCAGUUUGAUGCCAAGCUCGAACGUAAUUAUACUGGUCACCACAAAAAUUUCCCC